AAGAGAUCAGCUGACUCAACGAUCUAGAUUGUUUAGUGUUUGUUUUGAUGCUUGACUUGUCAUUUAUUUGUUAUCUUUUUUUGUUCUUUGUUGCCAAGAGAGAUCGCACUUUGGUCACUUGUUGAUCAGAUGCUGGUGGCGAUGUCCUGCUCUCAUAAAUCCUAAGACACUGACAAUGGAACGGCAAGCAAACACUGUGGAAGCAGGGGAUUUCAGUAUUAAUACUGUAGGAGGGGAUCAAGAGAAGCUCAUUGUGGGGCAGGAAGAGCAUCACUACCCACUCCCUGUCAUACCAGCUCUUUACAGCAAGUUAUUGCUAUUGAUCAUUUUACCAGCUGGAGCAUUUCUUGUCCCGGUCGUCCACACUUCAAAUACUGGUACUGAUUCAUUUUCUGCCCUCCAGUACCUCCACAUCAUUGUGUGGGCUGUGGUUAUGGUUCUUACUUGGUAUGUAAAGGCAGAACACAAGAAAUCAAGAAUUCUUGGCUAUCAUGAUUUCUACAAUGCAACCCGAUAUCUACACAGAGUCACUUUUUACAUUUUGAGUGGAGGAAAUGUUAUUUUGAUAGUCAUUGGUUGCGUUGUAAAAGACUAUUGUCUGGGUGGAAGCUCAGACACUUGUAGUUUGAAUCUUGGACUGACCCCUGUUAACUAUCAGCAAGUGAUUUUUAUCCUGGAGAUAUUUUGUGCAAUUCCCUUUGUCAUCAAACACAUAGUGGAAGUUGUUCGUUUCAACCUUGCUGGACUACCCCCUGACACCCUAGCAGAAGAUGUGGCUCUCAGAUUCACCCGCCCUGAUUCCUAUGUGGGAGUGCGGGGUCCGAGCAACUUAGAAUGGGUGUUGGAGCGGCAAGCUGACCUACUCCAAGUCCUACGGCACAGGAACCUGAUACUUACCCAGCAGGUGUAUGCUCUCACACACAAUGACCAGCAAAGUCAACCUUGAUGGGAUCAUUUGUUGGCCUUUACUAUGGUUAAAACAGAAGAUAUUUAAAGAUGUGCAAAUAUUUGUAGUCAUGCUUUUCCCUUUCUUUUUCUAUUUGUUUCUAUGUGCAAAUAUUUAUAACUAUGUUUUUUAUAUGUAUAUUUUUUUUCUUGUUUCUCAUGUGACUCAUUCAUAAGUGAAAGUGAAGUACCUUUGUUGAAUGGUCCCCCCAUCUCUCUCUCCUCCUCCUUCUCCUCCUCCUCUUCCCAGUUCAUUGUAAAAAACACUUAAGAUGAACUGUUAGUUCAUUUCCUGGUAUCUUUGUUAGAGUACGGGUGUUUUGUGGGUGUAUGAAAGCACUCGUACAUAUACCUGCUCUCAUACCAGUAUACCUAUACCAAUACCCACACUUGUACCCACACUUACAGCCUAUCCCACAUUUACACCCAUACCUACACUCAUACCGACACCGACACCCACACAGACCCAAUCAUAUAUAUGCACAAUUAGAGAGUGUGGCAAAAAUUAUUAACUUCUUUUCAUUACAUGGAAGGUAAGAAUUUCAUCAUUGCAUCACUGUAAGAUUAUAUGAAUUUCUUAACCAAAAAAAUGUGAGAAAGGAAUGAAUAUGAAAAUCAGUAGUCUAAUUUUAAAAUAACCUUGCUUGAAUUCAUCAACAGAUUUAGGAGUAAGGGACAACACAAAAGUACUAGUGCCUAGUUAGGGAUUAGUCAUGUGACCAUGAGAUCCCCCAUGUCUUCCAUGUGAGGUUUGCCAAAUGGACUGAGAAUUUGGAUGAGCGGGUAGGAAACAAGGGAUGAAUUAAUGUAAAUGGGUUUUGGUUAGGGUAGUAGCAGGCAAAGAGAGUGUUAGAGUAUCCUAUAGGAGGGAAUGUGGAAAUAAGGGAAAGGCUCUUCCUCAAAGCCUUUGAAGUAAAGCAGUGAACCCAUAGGUAAAAGACUAAUUUGUAGAACCACUUUUAACUGUGUGUGAUGUGGGCAGAAUGAAAGAAAUGGUAUGAGAUCUAGCAAGAUAGUUACUGUCAGUGCUUUUGGAAGGAAGAGAAGACUGGACAACUUCUUUUAGUAUCCAGUGUGUUCAUCAAGAAGCUGUUACACUAUGCUGAAAUUACUGUAGUUUUUUUUAGAGGUAAGGAAAUCUCACCAGUUCCAUGACAUUUCCCUACCGUAUUGUUUUUCUGCAAAAUAUAUUAAACCUUUAUAUUUUCAAUUUACUUUAUUUUAAAGAAGUGUCACUAUUUUUAUUUUAUUUAUUUAUUUGUUUAAUUUGUGCUGCCAUAUAUUGUGUGUUGAAUGGUUUUAACAUUAAUGCCAUAGGCUUAUAAGAAGCACAAACAAAGUAUGAACAUGGAAAUUAAUCAGAUUUUUAGCAUAGUGUUACAGUCAUUUAAUCCAGCAUUUUAGAUCUUACAAGAUGGUGGGUCUUAGUAUGUUACCUGUCAUAUCAUCUGAGUCUUUUAUAUACUCUCUAUAUCUAUUUGUGUAGUAUGUAUGUCUGUGUGUCUGAUGUCCUGAGCAAGUUAAAGUAUACAACCAUGAAUUUUUUUUCCUACUUAUGUAUAUUGUAUUCUGUAUUAAACAUAUAGUUGAUGGCCUUUGGGAUAUCAGUUUAUAUGGAUAUUUCACUAGCAUCUAAUUGAAUACAGGAUACAUUAGUGAAAUAAGAUUAGAUAAGAAUACUGUAAAUGCUGAAGGCAAGGUUAGUGAUAAAAGAUCUUACAUACCAAAUGAAUCUGUCAUUUAUAUGAGUUGCUUAAGGUAAAUCAAAGCAUUUUAAGUCAAAACCUCUUUAUAGGUAGUCACACCAGUACCUGCUGCUGUUAAUGUCACAGAAGAAGUAAAACACACACUUAGAAAAACAAAUCUUGUUCCUUUAAUAUGUCUAUGGUAUGUAUGGGAAACCUCAGAUAAUUUACCUUUGAAGAGGAUAUACGUCCAGAAACUUUAGAUUUUCCAAGGAUUAUAAAAAAAACAUUAAUAAAUGAAAAUGAGGUAUUAAGAAAGGCCAAGAAGAACAGUUAUUUCAGACUAGAAGUACAAUUUUAUCAUGUUUAUUUACAGAUGAGUUUAGAGAAAUUGUUAUUUGCUUCAGUUUUUCCCAAAUGUAUGAAUAUUGUAUGAAUUAUGUAUCAAGAAAAUAAAUAUGAAUUAGGUAAAGGGGUUUUAUAUUAGCUAGAGAUAUGGUUUCAUUAAUCCAAGUACUAUAAUCUGGAUCAGUGAUGUUAAUUCUUUGCAGUGAAAUGAUCAAUUCAAAAGUCUGUUGUACUAUAUUUCUUUCAGUAUAGGAUAUUGCAAUACAUAGGGCUGAAACUAUUUUAAUUUUAAUUUUAAGCUAAAAGACUUUUGGCAGUUUAUGCAUAUUGUAAGUUAUAAUGUUUGAGUCUAAUAUUCGGAAAUGCCUGGCUUUUGUUGAAGAUAGAUGGAUGUUAUCUUAUGCAAAUCAGUAUUUGAAGGAAGAAGGUUUCUGCAGUGGGUGUAGAUGCAUUAAUAAAAAGUAUUAUUCUGCAUGACCCUUUCCAGUAAGAUGCCUACCUUUGCUACAUAGAGAGAGGUUUUAUCUGGCCUGCCUAUUUUCAUUAUGAAAAAGAUUUCUCAGGAAGUAGAGCUUUUGUGCCAAAUAUAAGAGUUGCUCUUUCUGGUUGCUUAAGGUUAUUGUAUGGUUUAAUUAAUUCCAAAGGUUUCACUUCCUAUAAUUAAAAGGCAAAAAAAAGAAGAAGAAAAAAAAGAAAAUAGAAAUUCAAUUACAAGAAUAACCCUUCAUGGAUGGAUUUGGUAAUUUUUCAUGCCCAUUCAAUCAACCACCACUUGCAGUUCUAGGUAGUGAUAUAUGAUAAAUGAAUAUUUUUUUUCUUUAUGAUUACCAACUAUUUUUAUAAAAUCAAAACAUGUCAGUCUAACAUGUACUGAUGUGGGAGCAUACUUUGUUGUAGUCCAUCCAUGAGGUGUUAAAUAUGAUUAUUUUUUAUAAGUAGUUUUCCACUCCAUGUUUAUUAGUAUAAUUUGUGCAUCUUGAGAAUAUUUUUGACAGGUUCUACUUAUUCCAAAGAGGUGUUUAUAGUAGUUUUGAUCAAAUCAAAGAUCAAAGAAAGGCUGUGAUUCUUUCGUCAGGCUUUGCUUUUUCAUAUAUCUGAUGCUCCGUGUAUUAAUUUUUCUCUACAAUUGGCCUGAAUUUUACAUAAUAGUGUGUAUAUAUGUAGUAGUGUGAAAUAAAGAAUAUAUAUCCUUUAGCAA